UAUUAUAUCGUAGAAUGAGGAGAAAAAGAAGUGGAUAAUGACGAUGAAAGAAAAAACACCACUCUCACGGAACACAGCUCACUACACCAUUUCGAUCCGAGUUGGGCCCUUGGCCGCGCGCGCUCCUCCGAUCGGUUCACCAGCAACGACAAGCCAAAGACGACGACGACGGCCACGGCAACCCAGACGACGACGACGACGACGACGACGACGACGACGACGACGACGACGACAACGGCGACGACGACGACGACGACGACGACGACGACGCGACGAUGACGGCGACGACGACGACGACGACGACGACAGAAACGAGGUCCGCCGUUACUUGCACAUAUCGUUCGCGAAAUACCUCGGUAACAUCUUGUUAAUCGAGACGGACAACGUUACGAGGAGCGCUUUCUUCACUGCCUACGCUUCCACUUUACCGUUCUCUCUUUUUCUUUUUACUCUUUCUUUCUCUCUAUCUCUCUUUCUUUCUCUCUAUCUCUCUUUCUUUCUAUCUUCCUCUCUCUCUCUCUCUCUCUCGCUCUCUCUCUCGCUCGCUCGCUCGCUCGCUCUCGCUCCCUCUCACCGCUCUCCUUACACCGCACGCGCCCACCGUCCCAGUGUCAGAGCCAAACACAUAAAAUGGCGAUCCCGAGACGAUGCAGCUUUCUAGGGAAGCCUCGAGCAUCGACUAGUCGGCUAUAUAGCGACAGUUCGCCUCUCCGGAACUGUCUGAACUGCGGUCGAUUUUUCUUUCGAAGGCGCCAAUUGACUGACGCGCCCUCUAUCGGCGAAGAACGAAUUAGUUGUAUAUAUUCUCAGAAGGGAUUAUUUCGAUGGAACUGCUACCUAGCGGUACGGAUAAAUUACGCCUCGAAAAUAACGGAGCAAUCCGCACAAUUUUACAUUAUGAGUAUUCGUGAAAAUUAUUUUAUAUUUAUUUGACAAAUAAUAAAACAUAUCUAACUUGUUGUAUACUUGUAAAUUUCCUCGAAAGAAAUAUGUCUGCAAUUAUAGACGAUAAAGUGGUUGCAGGAGCAAAAAGUUUAAAUACUGUUAAAGAGGAUCCCAUUGUAGCAUUGACAGAAAAAGUAAAAUCUCUUUAUUUCUUUCGGGAUCAUUAUUUUGAAAAUCAUCUAAUUAAAGAAGCUAUUAGAAAAAACAGUGAUGUGGAAAAAGAAAUGAAAGAAACUAUUAGUAAAUUCGAUGAAUGUAAAGGUUAUGAAAUAGAUGGUAGCCGGGCAAAGUAUUAUUAUUUGAAAGGGAAGGCUUUAAAUGUUGUAGAUCGUUAUAUCCCUCAAGCUGAAGAACUCUUGAGUAAGGCUGUAAAAUUAGAACCAAAUUUAACCGAAGCCUGGAAUGAAUUAGGAGAAUGUUAUUGGAAGAAUGAUGACAUACAACAGGCUAAAAAUUGUUUUGUCGGAGCUUUAUCUCAUGGUAAAAAUAAAGUAUCUUUACGUAAUCUAUCCAUGGUACUAAGACAAGAACCAACUUCAACCACAGAACAACGUGCACAGAACAUUCAACAAGGCGUUGAAUAUGCUAAAGACUCUGUCAGUUUAGAUACAACCGAUGGUACCUCUUGGGCAAUAUUAGGAAAUGCUUAUUUGUCAUCUUUUUUUACAAUAGCACAAAGUCCAAAUAUUUUACGUCUUUGUAUGUCAGCAUAUGCACAAGCAGAAAAAGAUAUUGUAGCAAGAAGUAAUCCAGACCUAUUUUAUAACAAAGCUAUUGCAUUAAAAUAUCAAGAGGAAUAUGAUCAAGCAUUAAAUUCAUUUGAAAGAGCAAUGUCAUUGGAUCCUACAUGGGAAACCCCAUGCAAUAAAAGAGAUGAACUGUUACAAUAUUUAAAAGAUGUGCAAAAUUUAGUAAAUACAAAUGGGCGUGUUAAACCUAAAAGGCUUUAUCAAAUGAUUAGGGCAUUGGAUGCUAAACACUUAGGGCCAUAUAAAGGUGGAUCAUUUACAUUUGGUGAAAAAUCUAUAAAGUUAGAUUUAACUUCAUUGAAAAGCAUAGUGCUUGGAGUAAAUAGGGAGAAAGUUGUACUUGGAAAAGUAGUAUCCUGGAUUCAAGAUUCCGAUUGUGUCCCUUUUGCAUUUUGUCUUGUUGACCAUGAGAAAACGUGUAUUGCCGUUACGCUAUAUAAUCUAGCUAAGGGCCGAGGAGUUACGGUAGGUGAUUCGGUCGCUAUUCCAGAACCUUUUGUGAUACAUCACAAAUUUUCUUACAUGAACAAUGAUUUUGAUUUCAAAUCUAUACGCGUUGAAACACCUAUCAUAUUAGUUGUUAAUGGAAAAAAAUUGGGUAUUGAACAACAAGCUGGAGUUAAGCUACAUACCUUUAAAAAGACCGACUGAGAAAUUUUUAAAGCAAAUAUCGAAAUAAUUUCAUGAAUGUUAAUUACCGCAUUAUCGUAUAAUUUUAUUUAACUGUAUGAAGAAAAUAAGAUGGUAUUAGAAAAAGCUUGCAAAAAAGAUCUUUGCGAGUAAUACUUUUCAAUAUUGCGGUAAAUAAGAUUCUAAUUAGUUUAUAACGAGUUUUAUACACUUUUGAUUAUUUUCGUGCUGUUGCACGAUGAAACUUUACUUACUAUAGACUUUUGAUGGAUUACUUUAGCACAAACAUCCAUUUCAUUUAAAAUAGAAAGAGUUACUCAUAUGGUAUUUGUAUUAUAGGAUGUAUUUUCAGUCUAUUAUUUACGUUGAUUGUUGAAAACUCUUGAAAACAUGGUUGGUAUGUUUAUGUUACACUAAAUUAUUGUAUUAUCAUGUUGUAUCGUAUUAAGAAUGUUCACUGAUUACAUGGUAAAAAACACACAGUGAGCUCCGAGUCCUAUAAUCAAUAGAUAUAUUGAAUAUAUGUGUGAUAUAAGAAGCACGUCACUUUGCAAUAUUUGAAAGUAUUUUUUUUCUUUCUUGUUAUAGAUGUCAAUUAAUAGUGAUACUCUUUAUAGAAAAUAUAUACGUAUAGAUACUUUCAUUGUCCGUAACCUGAGAAAAAAAUUUAAAGCACAAUAUUCUAAAGACAAUCUGAAUAUCGAGUCGAUACAAUUAUACAGUUUGCAUAAGUUUAACUUGACCCAUCUAUGUAUGAUAAACGUACAACAAAUAAUUCUACCGAUAAACAAUAUAUACAAGUCUUUUAUCGAAA